GAACCAGCCCCCCGCCCCCGGAGCGGCGGCCGGGCGUCCCCGCAGGAUUGGCGGGGCGCGCUACUCGCAGCGUUACGGUAGGAGCCGCUCGCCGGAGCCGACGCCGGGCGCUCUCCGCGGUGCUGACGGGCAGCGCCGGGUGCAGGCGCCGCGCCAGGACCGGAGCCGCCCGGCUGCCUCCGCCGCAGCUGAGCGCGGGGAGCGCGGAUUGCAGCGCAGCGCGCACCGAGCGAGCGGCCAUGGGCGCCGCGCCGGGGGCUCCAGCCCGCGGGCUCGCCGGCUGCCUGCUGCUGCUCGCCGCGCUGCUCCAGGGCCAGGCUCGAGACUUUGCCUCGGAGGAGCCGAACGUGGUGGGCCAGAAGGCAGCCGGGAGCUCUGAGGCUGAGGGGGACCAGACAGUGCCCCCCACUCCAGACGAGCUGGAGGGCGAGGUCCACUUUGUCACCACGGCUCCCACGCUGACGCUGCUCAACCAUCACCCGCUGCUGGAGGAGUUCCUGCACGAGGCCCUGGUGAAGAAGGACUAUCUGAGGCAGGUGCCCUUUCUCACCUGGGGCCUGCGGGGGCCAGGCCCAGUCCUACCCGACGUGCCAGGGCGGAUCACCCAGACCCCCAGGGCCAACCUGCCAAACCAAGAUGACCUUCCAGUGUUUUCUGACCUGACCACAUCCCUCAUGGUGCCAGCCACAGCCCCCGUGACCAUGACCAGCCCCACGGCCCUAGUGGGAGAGAAGGCCAAGGCCAGAGAUGCGGAGAGGACCCCAGAAAUGGUCAAGCCAAUGUUCACCGAGGAGCUGCUGACCGCGGCUGCAGGCCGCGUGGCCGCAUGGGCAGAGCCCCAGCCAGCCGGCCCAGAGACCAACUCCGCCUCUGUCCUCACGGAGCCUCCCGGCACCCCUGCGCCUGCCAUCUCCCAAACCGCCCUGACCAACCCCGGUCUAGCCACCACCGACAUGGUGACCAGCAACACCACAACCGCCAUCACCCCCACAGCCUGGUUUGUCUCACCGCAGGCACCUGGCCCAGCGCUGCCACGGGCCAAGGAGCCCGAGACGGAGGCUGCCACCACAGCCACGGUUUCUGGGGAUGACGAGGAAACCACCACAACCACCAUCAUCACCACGACGACCAUUACCACGGUGCAGGUACCAGCUCCAUGCAACUGGAACCUCACUGGCCCCGAGGGUUCCUUGGAGUCUCCGGAGCCAGUCAGUUCUCCCUACGACAGCCUGGACUGCACUUACACCAUCUCCGGGUACCCCGGCUACGGUGUGGAGAUCAAGGUCCUGAACAUCAGCCUGUCGGAAGGGGAGACGGUCACCGUGGAGACCUUUGGGGGUGCAGAGCCUGUCGUCCUGGCCAACGAGUCCUUCCUCAUGAGGGGCCAGGUGAUCCGCAGCCCGACCAACCAGGUCAGCGUGCGGUUCCGGAGCCCCGAGCCCACCAGCCCCGGCACCUUCCACUUCCACUUCCAAGCCUAUCUGCUGAGCUGCAGCUUCCCCUCCCGACCGGCCUACGGUGACAUCUCCAUCACCAGCCUGCACCCUGGGGGCAGCGCCCACUUCUACUGCACCACAGGGUACCAGCUGCAGGGCUCGCCUGUGCUCACCUGCCUCAACGCCACCUGGCCCUUCUGGAGCAGCCGGGAGCCCAUCUGCGUGGCGGCCUGCGGAGGGGUGAUCAGAAAUGCCACCAUUGGACGCAUCAUCUCGCCCGGCUUCCCAGGCAACUACAGCAACAACCUGACUUGCCACUGGCUGCUGGAGGCCCCCAAGGGCCAGCGCCUGCACCUGCACUUUGAGAAGGUCUCGCUGGCUGAGGAUGAUGACAGGCUCAUCAUCCGGAACGGGAACAACAUUGAGGCGCCGCCGGUGUAUGACUCGUACGAGGUGGAGUACCUGCCCAUCGAGGGGCUGCUCAGCACCGCCCGCCACUUCUUCCUAGAGCUCACCACCGACAGCAACGGCGCCUCCACCGGCGUGGCGCUUCGCUACGAAGCGUUCGAGCAGGGGCACUGCUAUGAGCCCUUCGUCAAGUAUGGGAACUUCACCACCAGCGACACCACCUAUGCCGUGGGCACCACCGUGGAGUUCAGCUGCAACCCUGGCUACACCCUGGAGCAGGGCUCCAUCAUCAUUGAGUGCGUGGACCCCAGCGACCCCCAGUGGAACGAGACGGAGCCGGCGUGCCGAGCCGUGUGCAGCGGGGAGAUCACAGACUCAGCGGGCGUGGUGCUGUCCCCCAACUGGCCGGAGGCCUAUGGCAAGGGCCAGGACUGCAUCUGGGGCCUGCACGUGGAGGAGGACAAGCGCAUCAUGCUGGACAUCCAAGUGCUGCACAUUGGGAAGGGUGACGUCCUCACAUUCUAUGACGGGGAUGACCUGACAGCCCGGAUCCUGGGCCACUACACGGGCGCCCACCGCCGCUUCAAGCUCUACACGGCCAUGGCUGAUGUCACCAUCCAGUUCCAGUCAGACCCCGGCAGCGCUGUCUUUGGCUACCAGCAGGGCUUCGUCAUCCAUUUCUUCGAGGUUCCACGCAACGACACAUGCCCCGAGCUGCCCGAGAUCCCCAAUGGCUGGAAGACCACAUCCCACCCUGAGCUGAUCCACGGCACCAUGGUGAACUACCACUGCUACCCCGGCUUUGAGCUCGUGGGCACGGACCUGCUCAUGUGCCACUGGGACCUGACCUGGAGCGGGGACCUGCCCACCUGUGAGAGAGUGACCUCCUGCAAGGACCCCGGGGACGUGGACCACAGCCGCAGGAUCAUCUCCAGCUCCAAGUUCUCCGUGGGCUCCACCGUGCAGUUCGUCUGCGACAAGGGCUACGUCCUGACAGGGGGCGGCCUGCUGACCUGCCGGGACCGCCAGGCCGGGGGCCCCAAGUGGAGCGACCACCUCCCCAAGUGCACCCCGGAAAUAUAUGAGCCUUGCCACAACCCGGGCGCCUCAGAGAACGUCAUCCAGACCCCGGAGAAGAGGCUGUACCAGGCCGGGGCCACCCUGCGCUUCUCAUGUGCCACGGGCUACGUGCUGCUGGGGGAGGGGAGCCUCCACUGUGUGCCCGGCCACCCCUCACAGUGGAACAGCUCUCCUCCCAUCUGCAAGGCCGCUGCUUAUGAUGAAUUUUACAGCAACCGCAACCUGGACGUUGCAAAGGUCUCGCCCUCGGGGAACCCGCAGGAGGGCCCCAACGUCGCCAUCGCCAUCUUCCUGCCAGUGCUGGUCGUGGCACUGCUCAUUGGAGGCAUUUACCUCUACUUCUCCAAGCUCCAGGGGAAACCGCCCCUGCAGCUGCCCCUGUCUGGUUCUCACCCCUACGAUCACAUCACCGUGGAAUCGGCCUUUGACAACACCGCCUACGAGACAGGAUCUGUUUCCUUUCCAGGACAUGAGGGAAUAUGAGGUUUCCAUCUAGGCCGAGCUGAGCUGAGCCGGGAGGAGGGGCAGCCCCAGCAGCACUGUCCUCUGCCCCCCACACCGACUGGCCCCUCUGGACACCCCGACCGCGUCCUGCGGGAAGGGACUGUAAAUAUUGUCCCCAAGAGACUCUGCCCAAGCGCUUUCUGGGAGGAGCCAGCAGCCCUGCUCCCCUCCCUGGCCUGGUCCCUUCCUGCCGGCGCGGCCCCACCCAGCCCCAGCCGCCAGCCCAGCAAGGUCUGUGCACAGAGAAACUGGGGGGCUCUGGGCUCCACGUGGGUGUGAUGGGACCCGGACUCGCGGUCACACCACAUGGAGCCGUGCACAGGACCGGCCAGGCCAGGCCAGAGGCAGCCACACAGCCUCCUGCACCUGCCCACAGUGGCCGGGGAUAACGCUGCACCCAGGGGCCUGGGCGCUGCAGCCUCCUUCCCAUCGCCAGCCUGGCCCAGCCCAAGGAGACUCUUUCUUCCCAUGAGCCUGUUCAGCCCCUCAUGUCCCAGGCGCUGAGCUGUAGCUCGUGGGGUCUGAACCGGGCCCUGCGUACUCCAGGUGUGAGGAGCCCGCUGCCGAGUCGGCUCUAGGGCCUCAGCUUCGCCCUCACGCUUGUGGAGAAAACUGAAAAUCUGAACGAGUGUCAGUGCCGCAGCAUCACCUCCCCGAGUGUGCAGCCAGCCUGAGCUAGCUGUGUGCAGAGCUGUGCGCUGCCCCGUGGUCUCCGCCAUGUCCUAGGACUUCCCAGCUGGCAGUGUGCAUGCCAUGGAAUUGGACGUUCUGCAGCUGCUGUCUCCUGCUCCUCAGAUGGGGCAGGACGGGAUUCCAGUACCUGCUCCCCGUACCGCUCCCUGGAGCCAGAGCCGAAUCCUGCCUGCAGCUAGCCAGCCUGGAUAACAGUGCAGCACCCUGGGUCUGCGGAGCCAGGGAGAUGAGCUGCUGAAGCCAAAUGCAAGUUUGCCCUCCUCUGGCACAUACUGGAUGGUGCAGCAGAUGGAGGCUCUGAGCCUGGCGCAUGGGAGCAAAACACCCAGCCCUGGAGCUACUCAGAGACACAUUUUGUACCUCAAUGAGUAUUUGCAACUCCCCACCCUCCCUCUGUGUGCAUAGCAGGGGUAGCUGAAUGCAGGGUAUUUCAUUAGCUCAUGGUCGUAGGCUAGAGGAAUGCUGGUAUGGCACUAUGUCCCUGGGCACACGGUGCCCUGAAUAUCAAGCACUGUGUCUUCCUGUGUGAGACACCUAAGUCACCCCCCAGGAACACAGCCCGCCCCUGCUGCCAGCCUCCAGGGCCAGGGUAAAACCGACAUUAAAAUUAGAAUUCUGUAAAAUCAACCUGGCCCACUUCCCAUGGACUAAAAGCUGGUAGGUAAUAGGUCUCCAGAUGUCACUGUAGGUGGGGAAUCGUCAUCAAGCAGGUGUGUCCAGUGGGGCAGUUCUUGGCCCUGCGCUAUUUAACAUCAUCAAUAGACAACAUCAAAUCAUCACCAAUGACGUUUGCAGAUGACACACAGCUGGGGUGUGGUACACACUGAAGAGGCCAGGUCACUGCUACAGAGCAGUGUGGUGUGCUUGGUAAACUGUUUGUGAAUACGGCUACAUGUCAGCAUAGAGGGACAGAGCCUGCAGGCCGUGUACAGGCUGGAGGACUUGUCAUGCCAAGCAGUGACUGAAAAAAGCGUUUACCUCUGUGUGUGGCCCUGGUGCGACUGCUACUGGAAUCCUGGGUCCAGUUCUGGGGCCCACAAUUCAAGAAGGAUGGUGAUAGCUUUGGGGGGGCCUCAGAGAAGAGCCCCAAGAACGUGGAAAGGAUUAGAAAACCUGCUUCAUAGAGAGAGACUCACAGAGCUCAGACUAUUUAGCUCAGCAAAGCAAAGGUUCUGGGUGACUUGCUCCCCGUCUAGAGGUAUCUAUGUGAAGAACAAACGUUAGAUCUUCUGUGUAGCGGAGGGGCGUCUAACCCGGGCCAGUGGCUGGAAGCUGAAGCUAGGAAGUUCAGACUGGCACAAGUAAGGUGUAAAUCAUUAGCAGUGAGAGGAAUUACUCAUUGGAACAACUGACCCAGAGCUGGGGCGGAUUCUCCAUCACUGACCGUUUUUAAAUUAGGACAGGCUGUUUUUUUAACAGCUCUGCCCGAGGGAUUACUGGGGGCGGGUCUCAGGCUUGUGCUAUACGGAGCUCAGACUGGUCACAAGGGACCCUUGUGGCCUUGGGAUGUAGGAGAAAGCUCAUAUGGCCGGGCCCAGACACCCCUGCACUCCCUUUGCGUGAGCAGCAGCAGGCCUGCAUCUUAGCUGAAGUGUGCAACAAGCUGCCAUUGCAGCGGGGUUCGUGGAGGAACUGUACGUGGCUUAGAGUGGGGGCAUCCCCAGCCCAGGAAGCAAGCCCCCUGCCCGCCACCCGGUUUAAAGGGGAGGCCUGAGCCAAGCAGGAAGUGGCUGCAGCCCAGAUUCCAGUGGCCCUGGCUAGGGCCCAGCCUGGACAGAGAUGGGUCCCAGCCCAGUGCAGCAUGUGCCGGUACCGGCCGUCCUCUGGGCACAACGGCUGCAGUACUCCUGCCACGCAGGUCAUAGACGAAGUGGCGGUAACAUGGGCCUGGGCCAAGGACCCAGCAGCUGGGGCAGGGACAGCUCGAACAUGCUCUGGCCUAGCUGUCCUGUGGUCUGGGGAGGGCAUAAAGCCUCAGCGAAUGCUGACCAGCAAGGGGGUGGCCCAGGUGGGUUUGAGUGGGCAAGCACAGGGCAGGUCUCUUGGCCUGGCCCUCUAUGGGAUCCGCAGGACUACAAGGCUCAGGGCCUGCAGAGGGGGCAGCAGCGACCCCAGGCUGCAGCUCAGCCCCAGAGCUGGGUCUCAUUGGGGGGAGCCCCCAGCUGCCCAGCAAGUGUGGGGCACUGGAGAAGCGUCUCCCCCACAGGCAGCCCAGGCUAGGUCCAAGCCUCUCCCAGGUUGUGAGUGGCAGGCAGGGUGUAAACUCUCCCACCCAGCCCCAGAGGGGGCAUGUGAUUCCAGGGGCUCAGCAACGGGCUGAGAACUGACAGCCCCACCCUGAGGUGGCAUCUCCAUGCAGUUGGGCUCCACUGUUGGCGUUGGUCUGCCAGCCCCCAGCGGGUCACACUGCUUCCCCUGCUCACACCAGCGCCUGCCCCCAACUAGCGCGGCUGGGGACGGUCACAGACGAGGGCAGGUCACUCAGCAUGCGGUGGCUGCUGUGAGCAUGCUGCAGCAGCCAGGCCUGUGGCCCUGCGGGGGGCACUGUCCAGCUGAAUGGGCAGCCAUCCUGCCUGGACGUGAAUCCUGCUCCGUGGGCUUCGGGGCACCUUGGGUGCCCACGUGAGGCAGCCUGAGGGACCCCCCCUAAGCCUGCCACUAAGCUCCCAGGACGGUGACCUCCAGCCCCACGCAUUGUCGGUCACUCCCUCCCCUGCCUGGCUCUGGGCAGGGCUGCCUGGGGCAUGGGAAGCAGUGAGGGCAGGCAUUGAAUAUUGAGCUCCCCAGAGCCAGCUCAGAUCCCUGCCAGUUAGCCGGACCCUGGCUAUGUGCACAACAAGCCCUGGGCUCCACCAGCCACUGCCAAAUGCCCGGCAGGAGGCAGAUGGGGUGUGGCACCACCUUGGUCCCAUGUGGCCCAAGGAGACCCCUGGGGAGGUCUGGGCCCGGGCAGGCGCUGGUGCGGCAGUGUGGUCUCUGGAUCCAGGCCCAGGCCCUGCAGGAGGCAGGGGCAGGGAGACAUUUUCUCCCACCCAGGUGCACCUGCCCAGGUCCAGCUCCCAUUACUGUGCCCAAGAUGCCAUUCUCCCUGAGGUGGUGGCCACAAGUCUCAACCAGCUCCAGCCUUCAGCCAGAAUCCUCCUGGCCCCCCGGGGAUCUAGCCCAGCCCACCCCCCUCUGCCUCACGGGCCCUUCUGAAUCGCUGUCCCAUUGCUGCAGGGAUCCUCGCAUGGCGUCAGGACAGGAGGGAGUGUUUGGCUGCAGCAGCUGCUUCUCAGAGAGCCCUGAUGGGGCUUUGAGCAAGAGGCCAGCCCAAGCGCCAGGGCCCCUUGCCCACCAGCCCAGGCGCAGGGCGUGCCAUGCUGUUCUCUGUGAGAAGGGAGUGAGAAGCAGGCUAGGCUGGGGAGACGGACAGGACAGGGCGUCCCACCAGCAAGGGGCACCGGUGCUGGAGGGAUGGGGAGCCCCGCACGGUCUCCAUGAGGGGCAAGAGUGCUUGUGCAGGGCAGUGAGGUCUCGCCCCUUGCUAGGGAAAGGAGGGCUUAGUGCUGCUGACCACCGACCCAGCCAGAGCCCCUGGGCCUGGCGAGCCCCAGCCUGGGCAGGAAGCUUUUCAUGUGUAAAAUGUCAUGUAGAGUCGGAGCUUUCUGCCGCCCAGUCCAUCUUGGGGAGAAGAGCCAGGCUUUUCUUUCAGUUGUUUCCUUAAUAAACUGGUGUUUUAGAAGAA